CUGUGCAGCAAUAAUUGUAACAGUCAGUGGAUCCCUAGGCUAGUAUCAGAACUAUGAACAUGUUUAUCUUCUAUUUAACAUUUCUGAUGAUACUGCUUCAAGUCGUUCAGGGAUCUAAGUCCUGCUGGUGGCCCUUUUCAAAACAGCGGUCUGGAAAAUCCGAACCACAACUUGAAAACGACGAACCACAACUUGAAAACAAAGAACCACAACUUGAAAACAACGAACCAAAACCUCCCAACAUACAUACUGUGACGAGCGACACAUACCUCUCAAAUAAGUUGAAAGAAGCCAAACAAAGCCAACAGCUGGUCGUGAUAGAUUUUUUCAUGACACGGUGUUGGCCUUGCAAAUUUAUCGAACCCUUUUUUACUGGAUAUGCAAGACGUUUUCCGGACGUUAUCUUUCUUAAGGUGGACACAGACGAACAGAUCAAGAUUGCAAAAACUUACAAUGUAAAGCGGGUGCCGACUUUUAAGUUCAUCAAGGAAGGAGCAAGCGAGAGUGAACGCAUAGAGGAGACGAUGACAGGAAUAAACAAACUAAACUUUGGGAAGACAUUUGACAAACUGAGUGAAGCUAGCAUACAUGUUGUGAUGAGCGAUGCAUACUUCGAUGAUCAGUUGAAUGAAGCUAAUCAGAAGAAACAACUGGUCGUGAUAAGUUUCUUAGCGAAACAGUGUGAACAUUGCAGGGCUAUAGCACCCUUUAUUGAAGAAUAUGCAAAAAAGUGUAACGAAGCUAUCUUUCUUGAGGUGGAUGUAGACGAACAGAAAAAUAUUGCGGCUAGGUACCAAGUAAACGAGGUGCCAACUUUUAAGUUCAUCAAAAACGGCAAAGAGGAGACGGUGAUUGGAGCAAACAAAGAAGACUUGAAGAUAAAAUUUGAUACAUAAAACCAGCAAUAAACUGUUUUGAUAAUUUUUUGAAAUAAAUUAAUGGAUGGAUAAAAUGGCGUGUUGUUGGAUCGUGUAAUAAAAUUAUGAGGCUGAUAUUUUUUAAAAUGUUGGUAAAUCUUAAAGAAUUAUCUUAAUUAUCUUAUGCUUAUGAUUUUUAAGAUGGUUAGGUCCAUUACAAAAAAUGGGACCCAUUCAGACCUAUUUCAUGUAUAAAGCGAGUGUUAAUAAUUUGUUAAGAGUGUUAAGUUCCUUAAGAUCCAAAAGAGAGUUCAGUUGUCUCCCUUAUUACUGGUUUAUUUAGUGAUGGAUUGUAUCCGUAAGCCUAUGUAUCAUUCUAUUUUAUAUUUAUAAGUAUGUAUGCAGGU